UCUGUUAAUCAGCGUUCAGCAAGCGACGCUUCUCUCUCCGUGUAUACUGCGUGUGUGUGUCACUGUCUCCCUCCCAAAAUUCCCAAUGCACAGAAGCAAGCAGUAGCACAAGCACAAGCACAAGCAUUGAUCUCUCGCACCUCCUCAAACGCGCGUACAGACAAACCCACCGAAAUGCGGGGCUUAGUCCCACUGCUCGCGGCCUGCGCCGCCGUGCUCGUCUCAGUGGUCUACUGCGUACUUCCGCCCACCCUUCUCCCUCUGGAGAGGGCCUUUCCUUUGACUCGCAGGGUCGAGCUCGACCGCCUCAGAGCACGGGACCGAGCCAGGCACGCCCGAUUCUUGCGAGGCGCGGUCAGCGGCGUUGUCGACUUCUCCGUCCAAGGCUCCUCCGAUCCCUACUUCGUCGGGCUUUAUUUCACAAAAGUUAAAUUUGGCUCUCCUCCAAGAGAAUUCAAUGUACAGAUUGAUACUGGAAGUGACAUCUUGUGGGUUACCUGUAAUUCCUGCAGUGAUUGCCCCCAAUCUAGUGGACUUGGAGUUCAGCUCAAUUUUUUCGAUGCUGCCAGUUCAUCAACUGCUGCGGUGGUCCCCUGCUCAGAUCCAAUGUGCACUUCUGCAUUGCAAACUGCGGCAACUCAAUGCUCUCCUCAGAGUAAUCAGUGUAGCUACUCGUUUCAAUAUGGAGAUGGAAGUGGAACAUCAGGUUAUUAUGUCUCAGAUGCGCUGUAUUUUGACAUGGUUCUUGGGCAGUCUUUGAUUGCUAACUCUUCAGCGCCCAUUGUUUUUGGGUGUAGCACCUAUCAAUCUGGGGACUUGACUAAGACAGAUAAAGCAGUCAAUGGGCACUACAAAAAUUGUCGGGUUUUCAUGAUUUUGCUGAAAGAUACAUCAUGGAUCAAAGAAAUCAUUGUUUCAACCAGAUCCAUGUACCCAAAAGUCUCCAUCAGAUCCAUAGAAUCCAUGCCUUCAAGGGAAAUCAGGAAGAAGAGGGAAUCAGAGAAAGCACAUGAUAGCCUUCACCGGUGCCGGAAUCGACGAAGAUCCACCCUCAUGGCCUUUGGGGUGGUCCAGAUUGAAAUGGGUGUUGCUGGGGGAAUGAAAUACAAGGACCUCAUGGUUUUUGGAGUUUUGGGUUUCUUUGAAUUUUUCCUUUUGGCUUCCAAUUUUCUGUCACUUUCUUGA